AUGCCUCGCCGCUCCCACGACUCCUUCAGUUUCUACAUCGACGAAUCUUCUCCCGUGGGCCCCGAGCAGCCGGAGACCGUGCAGAAUUUUGUGUCUGUGUUUGGGGCCGUGGCCAAAAAGCUGAUGAGGAAAUGGUUGGCCACGCAGACCAUGAACUUCACCAGUCAGCUGGAGUCCGGCAUUCGCUUCUUCGACCUGCGCAUCUCCACCAAGCCCCGCGACCCCGACAACGAGCUGUUCUUCGCCCACGGACUCUUCAGCGCCACAGUCAGAGAAGGACUGGAGCAGAUCAGCAGUUUCUUGUCGUCCCACGCUCGAGAAGUGGUCUUCCUGGACUUCAACCAUUUUUACGGCGUCCAGAACCAUCACCAUGAAAAGCUGGUGUCCAUGUUGAAGGAGAUCUUUGGGGACAAGCUGUGUCCAGUGGUCUUUGCCCAAGAGGUGAGCCUUCAGUAUCUGUGGGAGAUGGAAUACCAGGUCCUUGUGUUCUACCACCACCCCAUGGCCGUGGAGGUGCCCUUCCUGUGGCCGGGGCAGAUGAUGCCUUCUCCGUGGGCCAACACCACUGACCCGGAGAAGCUGGUCCAGUUCCUCCAGGCCACGCUGACGGACCGCAGAAAGAAGGGUUCUUUCUUCGUGUCACAGGUGGUCCUCACUCCAAAGGCCAGCACCGUGAUGAAGGGCGUGGGCAGCGGACUUCGGGAGACCAUCACAGAGAGGGCCUUGCCGGGGAUGAUGCAGUGGAUCCGGUCGCAGCGUCCCGGCGAGAGCGGCAUCAACAUCAUCACGGCUGACUUUGUGGAGCUGGGGGAGUUCAUCAGCGCCGUCAUCACCCUCAACUACCACCUGGAUGAGGAGGACGAGGACGCCACCUGA